AUGGAUCCGAUCCGCUCCACUAAAAAAGAUCAUCACAGGCCUAGCCAAGAUGGCGAUGAUGGCAUGGUACCCUCUCUCACAUUGGAAAGCCAACCCGAGACUGAGGUGACACCAAGCCACUACUCAGAUGCCCCUGUCAGCGAGAAAUGGCUGUACACAAUGCUGCAAGACCUGUGGGCGACUAUACACAUGGAAAUAAAACAAAUUACCGUAGAGUUGAAACGGGAACUCUUCAAGCUCG